GCCACCUAGACCUUAUUAACUUCAUUCUAUACAAUACAGUUUUUAAUUUGUUAUGAUUAUAUUUUAUUCGUUAUUUCAUAGCCGAAUGUUGACUCACAUAUUUUUUUACGUUUUGUUUUCAGGCGUCUUCUAUUCAGAUUGUGUUAACAAAUAUUGCAAUUCAAACUUGUGCAUGAAUAAACAACAUACCUUGUGUAAAUUUCAGACUCCAGGUCCCGCCGCUCACUGCCUUGACUACCAGCUGACGAUAAAAAGCGACAAGGACAAACAGUUAAUCCUCGACAAGAUAAAUGCGAGACGCGAUAAGGUGGCAUCAGGCGAUAUCCGGUCAUUGCCCGCCGCCGAGGAUAUGUUUAAAAUGGAGUGGAAUGAAGAGCUGGCCGAAUCCGCCCAGCGCUGGGCUGACCAAUGCGUGUCUAACAAAGACGCUGGAGAAGUAGAAGAUGACUGUCGCGAUAUAGAGGGCAUGCGAGUCGAACAAAACAUCGCUACAGUGUAUGGUGAAGCACCAGGGUUGACGCCGACGGCGCUCGUCGACGUUUGGUACCUACAACUGUUAAACGUGAAUGCAAGCGUGCUAGCCAGAUAUCGCCCAUCAAGUGAAUCAGGACCUUCCAGUUACAAUCAAUUCACGCAACUAGUAUGGGCAGCUUCAUACCAAGUGGGGUGUGGAGGAGUGAAAUUCAAAGAGUAUUUGAAAGAUUCAGAGGAGAAAAAAGAUCGAGUAGUAUACAGAUUAGUAUGCAAUUUCGCUCCAUCAGGGAACCAAUUAAAUCAACCAGUUUAUACAGCUGGGCAACCUGGCAAAUGUGACUAUGGUACCAGUGACACUUAUAAGACAUUAUGUAAUUCUCAACCAAUAAAUUUACAUGAAAACGAUAAUGCAGAUUUAGUUGAUUCUGAAUCUGACGAAGCUGAAUUCACAACAGAUAUUAUAAGUGUAGACGAAACCUCUGUAAUAAAUAAUCAAACAACAAAUUUGACUACAGAUGACCCGAACCUAUGGAAUAAAUGACCAAGUAACACAAGAAAUAUUGAGACCAUUUGUCAACCCCAUUAAAAUACAAGCAGUUUCUGCAGUUAAAUCUAGCUAUGAUUUUACUGGGCAUUACUUUUUUCCUGAAUACGAUGGGGAAGAAACGACUAAAAUAUUUAGGGAAACUGAUUACGAUAUUAUUUAUAAACCUUCGGAACCAGAUGUUGUA